ACUAGAACGAUUCUUACCAUUUCAAUGUAGAUCUACCUUGAUGCAUGAUGGGUAGCCUGCCAUCUCCUCUUCUAGACCUCCUUCCCCUAGCCGUGUGCUGGCUCUACCUGCUCCUCUGUCCCUAUACCAAGGUGGAGGAGAGCUUCAACCUGCAGGCCACUCAUGAUGUCCUCUACCAUUGCACAGACCUAGCCAAAUAUGAUCAUCUGGAAUUCCCUGGAGUUGUUCCACGGACCUUUAUCGGACCACUUGCUCUGUCAGCACUCUCGUUUCCCAUGGUAACCCUGGCCAAACACACUAACGUCGGAUCAAAGUUCACAUCACAGAUACUAGUUCGUGCGGUGUUGGGAGGAAUGGUGUGUGGUGCGUUUGCACUAUUCAGAAGAGCUGUUCAGAGGAAGCUUGGUGGCCCAGUGGCCAUCUUCCUCACCCUCACCACCUGCUCUCAGUUCCAUUUCUUAUUCUAUGCUUCAAGACCUCUACCCAACACAUUUGCACUCAUCUUAGCUCUGCUGUGCUUCAGAUGCUGGCUUCUAGGACAGCACACACUAUUCAUCUGUCUCUCUGGAGCAGCCAUUGUGUGGUUUAGGUUCGAGCUCUCCAUCUUGCUUGGUAUCAUAGUUAUCAUGGAGCUGCUCAAUGGACGUAUGACUGUAUGGAGGACGGUGAUGACCACUCUCUCCGCUGCCGUUCCUCUACUAGCGCUGACUGUGCUGGUGGACUCAGUGCUAUGGAGGAGGUGGGUGUGGCCAGAGGGGGAGGUGCUCUGGUUCAACACAGUCAAGAACAAGAGCCACCUGUGGGGCACACUUCCAUUUCUCUGGUACUUUUACUCUGCCCUGCCUCGCUGUCUCCUCUUCACCUCCCUCUUUAUCCCCUGGGCUAUUAUUCGAGACAAACGAAGGGCCCUCACACUUGCUGCUCCCGCCCUCACCUUUGUGCUGGUCUACUCACUCCUCCCCCACAAGGAACUGAGAUUCAUCGUCUAUGCCAUUCCUCUGCUCAAUCUUGUCAUUGCCAUGGGGAUGGCUAACAUUUGGCUCAACCGGUCCAAGCUUCCCCAUUUUGCCCCCCUCCUGGUACUGUCCACUCUCUGUCUGAGUCUGGGGGCCUCCCUCUGUCUACUCGCCAUCUCUCGGCAUAACUACCCAGGAGGCGUGGCCUUCACACGACUGCACGAGCUCAUGGCCGACCGGACUGGUAGUGGAGAUAUCAAAGUUCAUAUUGGAGUAGAGGCAGCGAUGACUGGAGUGUCGAGAUUUGGGGAGUUGGAACCAAACUGGAACUACUCUAAAUUGGAGGGUCUGGAGGCAAACUCAACGGAGAUGGCCUCGUUCACGUUCCUCCUGAUAUCCGCCCCUGACCACACCCACUACAAGGAUACACAUGAGGUCUUGUUAUCAGUGGAGGGAUUCUCGGGACUCUCAAUUAACACACACCAUUUUCCACCUGUCAAAAUUUCACUGCAAGAAAAGAUUUUGGUGCUAGUUCGAAAGACUGAUUUCAAGGGACUGAGGUGUCCCACAGAACAUUAAUAUAGCUAGCUAUGUAUUUACUACGUUUAGUUUCCAUACUACAAUCAUGUUUGACAUUUUCAUUUGAAGUGCUCAUUUUUAAACAGUUAA